AUCAGAUUGUCGAUCACUCUACAAGAAUAUAUACAAUCGUAUAACAAUAAUUCUAGCAAGUUGUCUAAAAUAAAUAUAUAUACAUAUCAAUAAAUCAAAAAUGAAUUUAGAAUUAUUAGAAUCAUUCGGUCAGAAUUAUCCAGAGGAAUUUGAUGGUACAUUAGAUUGUAUAUCAUUAGCAGUUACUUGUACCUUUAAUAAAAGAGGAACUCUUCUUGCUGUUGGAUGUAAUGAUGGUAGAAUCGUUAUUUGGGAUUUUUUAACUCGUGGUGUUGCUAAAAUCAUUAGUGCACAUGUACAUCCUGUAUGUUCAUUGAGUUGGUCUAGAAAUGGACACAAAUUAUUAAGUGCAUCUACAGAUAAUAAUGUUUGCAUAUGGGAUGUCUUAUCUGGAGAAUGUGACCAAAAAUAUAGAUUUCCAUCUCCCAUAUUAAAAGUUCAAUUUCAUCCAAGAAAUCUUAAUAAAUUUUUAGUAUGUCCAAUGAGACAUGCAGCAGUAAUGGUUGAUGUUGAGGGUACACAUAGAGUUAUACCUCUGGAUGAUGAUAGUGAUUUGAAUAUAGUGGCAUCUUUUGAUCGUCGAGGAGAUUACGUUUACACUGGAAAUGCUCGUGGCAGAAUUUUAGUUCUUGAUGCAGAAUCAUUAACUGUGAAAGCUUCUUAUAAAAUAUCACAAGGCACAGCUAGUAAUACAGCAGUAAAAAGUAUUGAAUUUGCUAGACGUGGUUCUUGUUUCCUAGUAAAUACAUCGGAUAGAGUAAUUCGUGUGUAUGAUAGUACUGAAGUAUUAGCUUGUGGAAAAGAUGGUGAACCUGAACCAAUACAAAAAUUGCAAGAUUUAGUAAAUAAAACUAUGUGGAAAAAAUGCUGUUUUUCUGGAGAUGGAGAAUAUGUUUGUGCUGGAUCUGCAAGGCAGCAUGCUUUAUAUGUAUGGGAAAAAAGUAUUGGGAAUUUAGUAAAAAUUUUACAUGGUACUAAGGGAGAAUUAUUACUUGAUGUUGUUUGGCAUCCAGUAAGGCCAAUUAUUGCAUCUAUAUCAUCUGGUGUUGUUUCUAUUUGGGCACAAAAUCAAGUUGAAAAUUGGUCUGCAUUUGCUCCAGAUUUUAAGGAAUUGGAUGAAAAUGUUGAAUAUGAAGAAAGAGAAAGUGAAUUUGAUUUGAGUGAUGAAGAUAAAUCAGUGGUACAAGGUGAAGAAGCACAAGAUGAGGAGAUAGAAGUAGAUGUUGCAUCUAUAGAUAGAGUGGCAGCUUUUUGCAGUUCUGAUGAAGAAAUGGAAGAUAUUGGUUCAUUACAAUUUUUACCAAUAUCACCAGAUGUAGAAGAUUCAGAAGAUAAUCAAACAACAAUGCAUGAACCACCUAUGAAGAAACAUCGCUCUCAUGACAUUCACUUGCAAGGUGCACCAGUAGAUGAAACUCAUCCAUUAUUAAAUAAAGGAAAAGAUAAACCAACAACUAAAAAAGGAAGACCAAGAUUAGAACAUAGAAAAGGAAAAUAAUUUAGAAUAUUUUUUGUUUUCUUUAAUAUAAAAAAAUAUUUUAUAAUGUACAACAUAAUUAAAAGUACUUUAAAUAUAUUAUCAAAUAUGAUAAUAUUUUAUAGACAUAAUAUGCUAUAAAAUGUAUUACUUCCUAUGGAAUGGAUCUUAUGUAUUGUUUAAUCUUAUAUGUUUUUAUAUUGAAAACUUAUUGGAUUAAAUGUUAAAAUAAAUUUUCAAUUUUAUGAGUAUCUA